UCGGGAAGGUUAGGUCGGGUCGUGCACUCUGGAUGCGAAUGCUCGGUGAUACGGCACACCGCGACGGUCGACAGACGACAGCGGAUACGCGGCGCGGAGUCGCGCGAUUGUGGCGGUGCUGUCGUGCACCGGUCUCGCUCCCAUUCUCGCACGCUCGCUGGCGAGCGUCCAUCGUCGCUCCGAGUCAUCCUCCGAGUUCCGGUAACGGGGGCGAGUCCCGCUACGCCCGUUCGUCCCCGCUCGUCGUCUCUCAUCCCUUCAACAUCUCGUCGCCGUCAUCCUCGUCGUCGUUAUCGUUGUCGUUGCCAAGUCGGCUAGACGACGGAAACGCGGCUGGCCGUAUCACUAGUGCAUCAUCGGCUCUCACCGCGGCCAUCCGUGCAUCGCACUUGCCGCACCUGUCGAUACGUAGCACCAAGGGGAGCGAGGACAGGCGAGGAUCAGCGGCAUCGUGUGUUCCCGGCCUAGUGACCUGACCUUGGAUCAGUCCGACCAGAGUUUCAGUGCGUCCUUCAAACCUCGCCAUGCAUAGAUUUUGAACUUCCAGCUCCAAUACGAAGGUCUGCGAGGCUAGGCGCGACGCAAAACGGAACUCCAACAAUGUGAACGUACAAACAAACGCAAAUGCCCAACAAGGCACGGCCUCGUCAAGAGUGGUCUCCUCAAUCCAUAGAUGUCUUGUGGAUGCCCCGCUCCGCCAUGAGGCCGGCCGAGGGUGACGGGUCGGAUUGCAUUUUAGUGGUCGGCGUAUCCAGAUCGAAAAUGGCCGUCGCUUUUCUGUCAGUCGCCCUGCUGUCUCUCUUCCUCACCUUCCACAUACUUUACGACAGUGCCGUUUACAGCCUUCACGCGGUUUCCGCCGUCGAAGGACGCACGGUCGAGCUGGUUUCUCAGGUACGCGCUACGCCGCCUCUCCUCUUCUCCAACUCCAAGGUUCACUUCCCGCGCACGAAUCGCCAUCUUCCCCAGGCCAUCAUAAUCGGCGUACGCAAGUGCGGCACGAGGGCACUGUUGGAGAUGCUCUUCCUGCAUCCGCAGAUACAAAAGGCCGCCGGCGAGGUCCACUUCUUCGACCGUGACGACAAUUACGGGAAGGGUCUGGAGUGGUACCGUCGCAAGAUGCCGUACUCCUUCAAGGGACAGAUCACCAUCGAGAAGAGCCCCAGCUACUUCGUGACGCCCGAAGUGCCCGAGAGAAUCCGGGCGAUGAACGGCAGCGUCAAGCUGCUGUUGAUCGUCCGGGAACCGGUCACCCGGGCGAUAUCGGAUUACACGCAAUUGCGCACGCACGCCGCUACCGCGUCCACCCUGACCAACGGCACGCCGCAACAGCAGCAACAACAACAACAGCAAGUGGCACGUACGUUCGAGGAGCUCGUUAUGCGACCCGACGGUACUAUAAACGAGUCCUAUAGACCGGUCACCAUAUCGCUCUAUCACACCUAUAUGCAUCGUUGGCUGGAAGUGUUCCCCAGAGAGCAGAUCCUCAUAGUGAACGGCGAUCAAUUGAUCGAGGAUCCGGUGCCUCAGCUGCGCCGAAUCGAGAAUUUCCUCGGGCUGGAACCGCGCAUCGGCCGGCACAACUUCUACUUUAACCACACCAAGGGUUUCUACUGCCUGAGGAACGAGACUUCGGAGAAAUGUCUGAAGGAGAGUAAAGGGAGGCGUCACCCGCGUGUCAGUCCGAUGGUCGUGACGAAGCUGAGGAAGUUCUUCAACGAGCACAAUCAACGCUUCUACGAACUCGUCGGAGAGGAUCUCGGCUGGCCGGAGGAAUAACCAUCGUGGAAAGUCCCGACUCGUUCGUUAUUGAUGCGAGUCGCGCGUGCAUCCAUCGGCGAGCAUGAUCGUUCGACUAAAAUCAAAUACCCUGUCGUCCUCACCGCGGAAGAAAUAUCGCUGCCGAUCAUCAUCGGAAUUAAUCACGACGUCGACGAGGAGCCGGCGUUGUCGGCGAAGACUCUUUGGAAUUAUAUCGUUUCGAUCAGCGAUAUUCUUCGGGGAUACCGACAAGGAUAAGUAGUAGCUAUUGAUUAUCGGUUCUCUUUUAUUUUUGAGAAAGAAAAUGUAAUGCGCUGAUGUUUCACAAUGAAAGUACCGGCGCCGUCAUCAGCGGAUACAUGCGAGACCAGCGUCUUGUUAUUGCAUUAUAAAAAACAUGCAAGAAUAUACAAAACAUGUACACAUGAGACACACAUACAUACACAACGCAACACGAAAGUUACAAUAACGCCGGCCAAAA